AAGCUCAGUUCCAUUCGGGAUCCCGCGCGAAACACAAGUGAAUCAGUUUAUCAAGAGCGAUGAAAAUGAAAAUCAUCAAUGUGAUUAUGCUUGGCAUAUUACUUCCAUGGGCACAGAGCUAUGCAUCGAAAAUACUGCAAUUGAAAGAGGGCACGCCAUGCCUGGACAGGAAAAGUGUGUGCAAACUGGCCAACGAUUGCAUCACAUGGCACGCAUAUAAGGAUCAGCACAAUACUUUAAUUUCUUGUGGCUUCGAGCCGUUGAGCGGCAGAGAGUUGCACUGCUGUCCCAAUCGGUUUCCGAAGGCUUACGUUCCGCCAACAACAUCAACACCGCUGCCACCAACAACACCACCGCCACAUCAUUCAACAGUCAUACAACUGUCGAACUUCAAGCAUCUGGUGCCCAUCUUAUACCUUUCAAAGCAUUUAGAUUAUUUUGACUACCAUUGCACAGCCAUUAUCCUGUCUCCGACCCGAUUGCUGACCACGAGCAGGUGUGUGGGGCCGAAUAUUGCCGGAACCCCAAGCAGAAUUGCAGUGGGUGUCACUGAUCCGAGAGUAAACUACGAUGAAGAACUGGAGUAUGAAAUCAAGUCAGGAAUCAAGCAAAUGAACAAAGAUCUGGCACUGUUAGAGCUGCACACAGCCAUUGAUUUUAGUGAUAAGCUAAUGGAAAAUGCAAGCAUAGCAGUCCUCUGCCAUGCGGACGAGCUGGCAGGACAGCCAAAGCUAUAUGCUGUGGGCUUUGCUCAGAACGAGGCGACCAACUGUGGCUUGUUCAAGUUACGCCUGGAGAGACUAUCCGACUGCAGAGUGCCGGAGCUAAGUCGUCCGGUGACCGGAAUCAAUACAAAUGCAACACAUAUCUGUGUGAGAGCUAUGCCGGAGACUUCCCCUAGACUCGAUGGCUGCAAAAAUUGCCUGACUGCCACCUCCAGUGUCCUCCAUGUGGAACGAAGCGAUGGCAGCUUAUGUGUGGCGGGCAUUGCCACGCCCACCACAGACGAGUGCACUGUGAAUAGCGAUUCGACUCUCUAUACCAUAUUUGUGAAUCGCGCAUUCAAGGCUUUCUUGGGUCUGCCCAUUGCUGGGUGAUUAAGUCAUCGAAUAUCUUUGUUUUAGUACACGCAAGUCGUUUGCAAAGUCUUAAUAAUAAUAUGAAUAAACUGAACU